AUGGUGUUCAAAUGGACGCGUGCCCUUUCUCGCGAAGGGUUUACCACUUCGAAUUUCUAUUUUUCAGAAUUGGACGAAUCAUCAUAUUAUAUAGACAGAAUCUUACGACCGCAUUACAUCGCAGUUAUAUCUAAUUCCAACGAGAUAAAUGAGUUCUCUUUAGCAAUCAAGAACUUUAACAUGUCAUAUGCUAAGUGGCUAGUGAUAUUCAUUUACGAGGAACGCGACUCCGAUUAUUGUCACAAUCCAUCAGGUAACAUAUUUCAUUUAAAAUACAAUUCGGAAAUAUUGGUCCGUUGCGGUACGGAAAAUAUUUUACGAGAGUGGUAUUCCAUCGAUUCGAAUCGAACUGAGGUCGACGAUGUAGCAACUUGGAGUUUGGAGAAAGGAAUUAUUAAUAUUGCACCAAGUGCUCUUUACGAGAGAAGAUAUAAUUUACGGCGUUUGGUCAUGAGAACCGUUAUAGUUAGGAAUUCACCAUUCGUAAAAAUAAAUAAGAACGGCGAAUUAGACGGCAUGUUCGGUAAAAUAUUAAUAGAACUUUGUGAGACACUUAAUUUUACUUUCGACAUUGUUUCGGAAGUUGAAGAGUACGGAACUUGGAAUCCAAAAAAAAAAACUUGGUCCGGAGCAGUGGGAGAAUUAUAUGCUGGACGUGCUGACAUUUCCCUUUCAGAUUUUUCUAUGACCAGUGCAAGAUUGAAUGUCGUUGACUUCACCCUUCCUCUUUUGAUUUCCAAAACAUAUCUUUACAUUAAAAAACCACAAACUUUCUCCAAUUAUAUUUGGAUUGCUAUAUUCGGAAUAUUAAUUCUUGCACCGAUAUUACUAGUUUUUCUCAAAAUAAAAGAUGGAAGGGAUCGUAACAUAGGGCGUUUAUUGUCCGAUAAUUUUCUCGAGAUUUGGGGCAUAUUUUGUCAACAGGGGCUCGCAGAUUUUCCUAAAAGAUCUUCGUUAAAAAUCGCAUACUUCUCUGUAUUUCUUUUGGCUGCAGUCUUAUCAGCUGCCUAUUCCGCGGCUUUGAUAAGCUUUUUAACAUCUGCUGUCAUCAUUUUACCGUUUCGUUCAUUAGAGGGCUUCGUUGCGGACGGUACUUAUCAAUUUGUCGUUAUCCGUGGUUCUGCGGAUUAUGAUCUGUUUGUAAAUUCGGCAGAUCCGCUUGCAAAGAAAUUAAUGAAAUUUAUGUUAAAAGAGGAGGAAUUACCAUUAACUGCAAUAGAAGGGUUUAGAAAAGUUUGCAAAAAUGAGAAACUAGCGAUUUAUGCGUCCAACGAGGUAGAGAAGUCUCUUAAUUUUAAAAUACCGUGCAAUGUGAUUUCUAUUGAAACUGGGCGUAUCGAUAGUUUAGCAAUUAUUUUAUCUAAGCACAAUCCAUUCACGGACGUUAUCAAUUUUCACUUGCAGAAAUUUAUCAAUAAUGGAAUGAUGAAUCGUUUGAAGGAUAUGCCAUUUAAAAUGAAAUCUGAUAAUAUAAUCAAGCAUCAACCGGUUUUAAUAACCAGUGUAAUGUCCCUUAUUUUCUUCAUACUAAUUGGUAUUGUUUUGAGUACAUGUAUUUUGAUCUUAGAGAAGUCUUUUUUUGCUUAUAAGAAUAAGAAGGGUUCGAUGGUAGGACGUAUGCCGUUAAAAAAAUCGCCAGAAUUUUAUGUUUUAAAUUAA